GAGCAUUUGGCUAGCAUGUGCGAGGCCCAGGGUCCAAUCCUCAGUACUGAGGACAGGACGAAGACGACAGGGGCAACAACAAAAUUAACCGUUCAGAGCAAAAGCUCUUCUGAAGUUACAACAGAACAAGAUCCCAAGGUAGUCUCCGCGCUGGGUUAGCCACGUGUAGCUGCGGCUCGAAUCCUUUCCUCCUUCAGAGACAGGCUAAGACAGUUCUCCUUGGGAGAACGGUAAAAAAACAACCAGAGACUUAUCGCAGCUCUUUGCAGCCCACUUUGGAAAUCACCGUAGUCACCAGACAGUGAUGGUCCAGCUUCCUGCCCUUACGCAUCCGUUUACUUCUUUCAAAUAGGCCGCCUUCACUAACACCCAAUCAGAACGCUCGAUGUUUGGGUACCGCCCAAUGAGCGAGAAGAAUAGGGAGGGGGAAAAAAAGAGGGCGUGAAGCCCAAUCGCAGCGCCAUUACACUUUAGGGCAAAGAGGUUAGGAAGCCGGCAUGGCGCUCCGGUCAAUAAAAUCGAUAGCUGGAAACUGCCUGUGUUUCAGGCAAAGGCGGUGCGGUAGCAGCGCCGCCAUUUUCCCCAAAGGCAUCUUCCAGUGCCUUUCACCCAAGUUCGGGCAAGAGUUUUAUGAAUAACAGGGCGAGGUUUCUGUUAGUCCCGAAGGCGGCCGGCUCCGAUCCCCUCCAGGGCUCCCAGCCACUCUGCCUUCGGCCGGCGGGGGUUCCAAUGGCGCCGCCUUCGGCCCCACUCCCCGCCCGGCGUCCAGGCCAGGCCGGGCCCAGCCAGAGAAGGGGAAGGAGGCCCAGGGCCUUGAAGUUCGCGGACGUGGCCGUGUACUUCUCCCCGGAGGAGUGGGGCUGUCUGCGGCCCGCGCAGAGGACCCUGUACCGGGACGUGAUGCGCGAGACCUACGGCCUCCUGGGCGCGCUCGGAUGCGCAGGUCCCAAGCCAGCGCUCAUCUCCUGGCUGGAACGAAAUACGGAUGAGUGGGAACCGGCCGCCCUAGACCCGCAGGAGCACCCGCGAGGGCUGACAGUCCCGAGAAAAACCAGAACCAGAAGGAAAACUGGAGAGAAGGAAGCAUUCCCAGCCAAGGAGCCACCCCGAAAGGGGAAGCGAGGGCGGAGGCCCAGCAGACCCCGGCUGAUCCCCCGGCAGACGUCUGGGGGGCCCAUCUGCCCCGACUGUGGCUGUACCUUUCCUGAUCACCCAGCCCUGGAGAGCCACAAGUGUGCGCAGAAUCUGAAAAAGCCUUACCCCUGCCCGGACUGCGGGCGCCGCUUCGCCUACCCGUCCCUGCUGGUCAGCCAUCGACGGGCACACUCCGGUGAGUGCCCCUACGUGUGUGACCAGUGUGGCAAGCGCUUCUCCCAGCGCAAGAACCUUUCUCAGCACCAGGUGAUCCACACCGGCGAGAAGCCCUACCACUGCCCGGACUGCGGCCGCUGUUUCCGCAGGAGCCGCUCCUUGGCCAAUCACCGGACCACACACACGGGCGAGAAGCCCCACCAGUGCCCCAGCUGCGGGCGCCGCUUCGCCUACCCGUCCCUGCUGGCCAUCCACCAGCGCACGCACACUGGCGAGAAGCCCUACACCUGCCUGGAGUGCAGCCGCCGCUUCCGCCAGCGCACCGCCCUGGUCAUCCACCAGCGCAUCCACACGGGGGAGAAGCCCUACCCCUGUCCGGACUGUGAGCGGCGCUUCUCUUCGUCCUCCCGCCUGGUCAGCCACCGGCGUGUGCACUCCGGGGAGCGUCCCUACGCCUGCGAGCACUGCGAAGCCCGCUUCUCCCAGCGCAGCACGCUGCUCCAGCACCAGCUCCUGCACACCGGGGAGAAGCCCUACCCCUGCCCCGACUGCGGACGUGCCUUCCGGCGGAGCGGCUCCCUCGCCAUCCACCGCAGCACGCACACCGAGGAGAAGCUGCACGCCUGCGAGGCCUGCGGCCGCCGCUUUGCCUACCCCUCGCUGCUGGCCAGCCACCGGCGCGUGCACUCGGGCGAGCGGCCCUACGCCUGCGACCUUUGCUCCAAGCGCUUUGCCCAGUGGAGCCACCUGGCUCAGCACCAGCUCCUGCACACCGGGGAGAAGCCCUUCCCCUGCCUCGAGUGUGGCAGGUGCUUCCGCCAGAGGUGGUCUCUGGCGGUCCACAAGUGUAGCCCCAAGGGCCAGAACUGUAACCCUAGAUCUCCUCCAGGGGCGGCCAGCCACAGGGCCAACACCCCUUAGAACGGGAAGAAUCUUCAGUUCCUUUCCUUUCACGGGAGGGUCCAGAAAAGGGAAGGAGGCUCCCUGGGUUAUAGAGCGCAGAGUCUGAACUAGAACCCAGGGCUCCUGCUCCACACACCUGUCUUUAGUACAUCCCAGCACACUGGCUGCCUUACUGUGUGUGUCUAGAGUUGUCCCAUUAGGAGAGGUGACAUCAUUCGAUGGAAGUUUUCCAGGCUACCCUAUCCUAAAAUAUGUGUGUGCAUAUCAGGGCUAAAAGUUCCCCCCAGGUGUUUUAAGGGACUGCGGACUGUUCUAGAGUGUGCAGAGGAGGGUUACCUGUCUCCUUGCGGGCGAUCAGGAAAAUCCCAUUAUAGUGGGGCAGGCCUUUCCCUCUCUGGCUCUUCCUCCCUACCGACCUUAAAAAACCUGGCUUGGUCCACUUACAGCAUUCCUGCCACGUGAUCUACUGCUUGCUGGAAAAUACCCCUUGACAGGGAGCCAGGCACUUCACGCUGCAGGCCACUUCACACCCAAGACCGCUUGGGCAUAGUGCUGCUCUCGAACAGGCUAAGUACCGUACUUUCAUUCUCUGUAAACCUGGCCUCGAAUGUUUAAUACUUCAUCUAUGUGGCAGCCUUUCAGAUAACUUAUUCACAGCUCCUGUGCCCUCAAGUUUCCUGGAUAAAUAGUAUUCAUUUGGUCAGUCUUUUCUUUUUUGAGAUGGCAUGCCCAAAGUGGUCUUGAACCAGAAUUCCUGCCUCAGCCACCCAAAUAACUGGGACUAGGUGUGCACCACACCUGGCUCUGGUCAGUCACUCUUUCUUU